UAAUUAUAGAUAGAUUUCAUUUGUUAGCGGUUAAAACUUGUUGAAAAUUUUUGAACUAUGAAAAUUUCCAGUUUGCGUGUGGGUAGAUUGAUUUGCAUCAAUCCAUACAACAAACAUUUUCAUUUAAAUCACAUCAAGCAUCUCAUCUCCUCUGACUGAUAUUACACACCUCAAAUACUUCGAAAUUCAUCAAGAAAACUGGAAGCUUGCGGAUGAGCUGCGUUGCGGUUGAGAGAUGAUCAUUCUGUUAUGAACCGAUUCAAAAAUCAAUGGAAUUGUUGGCGCGUAUCUGAGACAUGCUCAACCGAUUUUCAGUUGCCUCAUGGAAUUCCUGCAUAAGGCAAUCAGUUUACAGUGGCUAUUUUCGGAAGGCGAUUCUUCUCUUCACCCAAAUGAAAAAUCAAUCUUAUUUAUAUCCCGACAAUCUAACCUUUCCUUUCGUUGCAAAAGCAUGCGCAAAACUAUCAGACCUCAAACUGUCAACGAUGAUCCAUGCCCACAUUGUUAAAACGCCCUACUGUUGGGAUGUAUAUGUGCAUACUGCACUAGUUGACAUGUACGUCAAAUGUGGUCGUUUGGGUUGCGCGCAGCAAAUGUUCGAUGAAAUGCCCGUGUGUGAUGUAGCUUCUUGGAAUGCGUUGGUUGUGGGUUUCGCUCGAGCGGGUGUGUUUGAUAGAGUUUCUUUGCUGUUCAAUAGAAUGAGGGCUGCCCGCGUUGUGCCGGAUGCGGUUACUCUGAUGGGCUUGACUCAUUUGCUGUCUGGAAUGAAGGAUUCAAUGUUGUUGGGCGGUGUUCAUUGCUUUGGGAUGAAAUGUGGGCUUGAAAAGGACGUCUUGGUUGCCAACACUUUGAUAGCUGGCUAUGCGAAAUGCCGCGACUUGUGCUCAGCUGAGAAGGUGUUUCUUGGCAUUGCUUUGGAUUGUUUGAGUGUAGUUUCGUGGAAUGCUAUGAUCGCUGGUUUUGCUUAUUUUGAAGAGUGGUUGAAGGCUAUUAAGGUUUACAUCCGGAUGCUUCGUGAUGGAUUUCGGCCUGAUGCAAGCACGAUUCUUAAUUUGCUAUCAUCGAUGGCUCAGCAGUCGGAUUCUUCACUGUGUGGGAGGCUUGUUCAUGCUCAUGGAGUUAAAAUCGGGUGUGAUGCGGAUAUCACCGUGCUUAACACCCUUGUUUGUAUGUAUUCAAAGUGCGGUGCCAUUGAUUCCGCGAGGUAUAUAUUCGACUGCAUGAAUGUGAGGUCCUGCGUUACAUGGACAGUGAUGAUUGGCGCGUAUGCAGAUAAGGGUGAUUUGGAUGAGGUGUUAUCCCUGUUCCAUGAGAUGGAGGCUGCUGGCGAGAAGCCUGAUUCUGUCGCGGUUUUCCAUCUCAUAGCAGCGUGUGGUAAAGUCGGAGGGCUUGAGGUUGGGAGAUGGAUUGAUGGUUACACCACUGCAAAGGGGCUAAAGAAGGAUUUGAUGGUGUGCAAUGCAUUGAUAGACAUGUAAGCGAAAUGUGGAAGCAUGGCACACGCUCAUAACGUGUUUCUUGCCACAGAUGGGACAAAUGUAGUCUCUUGGACGGCUCUCAUAUCUGGAUUCGCGCUUAAUGGGAGAUCUCGAGAGGCAUUGGAUCAUUUUGAUCGAAUGUUGGAGUCAGGUGUGAGACCAAAUCAUGUGACUUUCCUUGCUGUUCUUCAAGCCUGCACUCAUGCUGGUUUGUUGGAGAAAGGAUGGGAGAUUUUUAACAUGAUGACUAACGAGUACCACUUGAAUCCUGGAUUGUAUCAUUAUGCUUGCAUGGCCGACCUCUUUGGGCGUGGAGGAAAGCUGAAAGAAGCGUUGGAUUUCAUCCAAGAGAUGCCUUUCACACCAGAUGCGGGGAUUUGGGGUGCUCUGCUUAGUGCUUGCAAGAUUCAUCACAACUUAGAGAUUGGUGAGCACGCCGCGCGUCAUCUGUUUCGACUGGAGCCACAGGCUGCAGCGCCUUAUGUGGAAAUGGCUAAUAUAUAUGCAUUGUCUAACGAGUGGAGUGGGGUGGCUGCUAUGCGCAUGGAGAUGAAGUCCAUGCAAGUGGCCAAAACCCCUGGCCAAAGUAUUGUACAUAUUGAUGGGAAAUGUUAUUCAUUUACAGUUCAGGAUCAGUUCCAUCCUAAUAGGUGUAAGAUAUUUGAGACGUUGGAUAACUUAGUUUUGCAGUUGAGAGAUGAUAUGGGUAUUUCUCCUUGCGAGGAAUUCCAAUCAUGAUUCAGCUAUGGGGUGUGGUAACUCAUUGUUGUGGGCUAUGGCGACUUUUGUCUUCCUGCAUUAUCUUUAUCCAACCUUCCAGUCUUGGGCAUGAAAGUCAAGUCUCUUCGCAUUCAGGCAUAAAUGAGGUCUCACUUCCUAUUCUUAUACCAAUCCCGAAUAACUGAAGGAACAUAUAUUAGCAUCUUAAUGAUCUAAGCAUGCUGAAAUCCCAUGGUGCCUCUCGGCCCUCUCCUAUUGCACAUGACCGAUGUUUCUACCAGUGUGCACCUUGUAUAACAACUCUGUGUUUUUACCUCAUCAUCCAAUAAGGUCUGGUCUCUUGUGGUGAAGCUGUUAUCAAUUUUCCAUCCUUUUUCUUCACUUGAAAGAAGAAAAUGUUUUCUCUCCAUAACUGUGGCCAUUCCCUUUGCUAUGUCUGAACAGGGAACAAGCACAGUACAAGAACCCUGUUAACAACUCUGGUUGGAAGCGGCCUGUUGUAGAGGAGGUUUCUGAAACAAUAUACUUGAAAAGAAAUGGAAUGAUGUGCCAUGAUUUAUCUUAUGGGAAUUUCGAACUAAUAAACCAAGUUUCAUGUGUAGGUCUUGGCGAAAUUUGCCACCCAUUUUCCGAAAGUACAUUCAAGGCAGUGUGUUGAUGAAGCUGAAUUAGUUGAACAUGUGGUUGGUCUAACUUGCAGCCGCGCAAAUUGCCAAUUUGCAUUGACUCAGAAUUGUUUAUUUUUGCUGGAAAAGUUAAAUAUAUUUAUGCAUGCUGCUGGUCUGCAUCGAUAUGAAUUUCAAAAUGAGGAUGGUUUUAGUGCUAAUUACAUUAUGUAGAAAUUGACUAUCAUUAGUGUAGAUUAUAGUCAUGCUUAACCUAAUAUACUCUGAUUUUUAAUUCAGAAAAGACGGACACAGUUUACAGUUAAUGCAAAUGGAUCUGCUAUCCCUAAAGAUUGUGUUGAUAAGAGCUUAAUUAAGGAGAAUUUGUGGCUAAAGGCACUGGUAGCUAUCCCUAAGGUGCAGGCAUGAUUUGCUAUAGCUAUAUGGAAGAAAUAUCCCACAAUGAAAUCUCUUUUAAGAGUUUACAUGGAUCCAACAAAAUCUAUAAGU